CUAUCCAUAUCCAUAUGUCCAUCUACAUCAUGUGCGCUGCUCUACCAUGACUUCUGGUACUGCUGCGUCAAUGUAUGGCUGUUAAAGUGCAGUAGAUGACUAUGGCAGGAGGAAAACCAUUGUAAAUGACAGGCCUCGACACUUGCGGUUUUCCGAUUGCCCGGGACAAAUUCCUCUUUCAGUUCGGGUUGAAGGUCACGUUUUCCUAAAUGGUUGUUCUGGCCAAAGACAUUCUCAUUCUUGCUGGAGUUUUGUUUCUGCAUCAACAGGGAGCCAUGUCAAGCAUGAAAGCAGUAAGGUUUGAUGAGUACGGUGGGCCAGAGAAGCUGUACAUCGGGGAGGUGGAGAGUCCUAUACCAGGCCAGGGAGAGGUGUUGUUGAAGGUGUUUGCGACAGCCAUUAACAGAGCAGAUACCUUACAGUUGGCAGGAUCUUACAACCCACCUCCAGGUGCCAGCCCAAUCCUGGGUCUGGAAGCAACCGGGGAAGUGGUCCAGCUAGGACCUGGCUGCUCCAAAUGGAAACUGGGUGAUCGUGUUGCAGCUCUGCUUCCAGGGGGAGGGAAUGCCGAGUACGCUGUAGCUCAUGAAGGUCAUCUGAUACCUGUGCCAGGUCACAUGACGGUCAAGGAUGCUGCUUCAGUACCAGAGGUGUGGUUGACUGCCUAUCAGCUACUUCACUUCGUGGGUCAUGUCAAGGGAGGUGACAGAGUGCUGAUCCAUGCUGGGGGCAGUGGUGUAGGAACUGCAGCAAUUCAACUCGUCAAAUUAGCAGGUGCAGAACCCAUCGUCACAGCAGGGACACAAGCUAAACUAGAGAAGGCUGAAGAGCUGGGGGCAGUUGCUGGCUUCAACUACAAGGAAGUGGACUUUGCUGACCAAAUCUUAGAAUACACAAAAAACAAAGGAGUUGAUUUGAUUCUUGACUGUGUCGGUGCCAGCCACUGGGAGAAAAACCUGCGAUCAAUUGCCAUGGAUGGGACUUGGGUUUUGUACGGACUGAUGGGUGGAGCCAAGGUGGAUGGGCCUAUUCUUGGAGGGGUACUUCGCAAGAGGGUGACCAUAGUUGGUUCAACGCUCAGGGCGAGAAGUACUCAAUACAAAACGGACUUGGUGCAAGCAUUCACCAAAAAUGCUCUACCACACUUCGGGACGAAGUUGAUACCCAUCACAGACAGAGUUUUCCCUCUGGAGGAGAUUGUUGAGGCUCAUAAAUACAUGGCAGCCAAUAAGAACAUUGGAAAAAUUAUUCUGAGUGUUCAAGGGGACAUGACUGGAACCAGUCACAGUGAGCUGUGAUAAGUAUCCACAAAUCACAACUAAUAUACAGGGUUCCUGUCGACUGGAAAAGUCAUGAAAAGUCACGGAAAUUUGUUUUUCCUUUUUCAGGCCUGGAAAAGUCAUGGAAUUUUGUCAUGG